AUGGCGAGCGUCCCAGCGGAAAUCACCAUCAAGAACUUGAACGGCAGCUAUGCCAUGAACAAGAAGAUCUCCGACUCUACCUCCCCCACCCUCAAACUUCAAAAAAUCCCUUGGCUGGUCCAGCAGGCUGCCAACUACAGCAAUGUCUCCGUCAACCUUAAGCAGUACAAGGAUGACGCUGGUGUUGAGCACGUCGACCAGGAGCAAGUCUCCUCGGUGAACACCCAACACGAGCCUAGAAUUCUCGACAACCAGAUGCAUGAGCGGGACAUUCAAUACUGGGGCAAGGUCAAGGGUAGAAGCCAGUUCGUCAAGGUCUCGGAAAUCGCGGAUGACUACCUCAACAAGGAGUGGGACAGUGAUGAGGUUCUGGAGAGCUAUGUCGAGAGCUUGGACAACGGCUGGACUGCUUGGCAGAUUUGGGGUUUCUCUGAUGUUGAGGGAGUGCGUCGCCAUGUUCGACGUGUUGUUACCAAGAAGGGGAAAGACGAACUUAAGAUCAGACUGGUCUACGACUGGGCGCCAGCGGGUUUGUAG